GCGUGACGUCCACAGAAACAGCCCAGGGCACACUCUGCACACCCACCAAACGUCCACGUGAGUCAGCCUCAGGCUCCGACAGCGAGGCCACGCCAGAGAAGCGACCGCGGAUGGAGGAGAAGGAGGGGAGCGGCGAAAAGGCCCGCGUGACGCCCAAGCAGAAGAACCGCCGGCGCUGCUACCGCUGCCAAACCAAACUGGAGCUGGUGCAGCAGGAACUGGGCUCCUGUCGCUGCGCCAGAAAUUAUUGUAGAAAAACCUGAGGUCAUGUGGCUCUUUGGUUCCUCUGUCUUCAACCCACAAUAACCUGAAAAUAAAAUAUUUAUAUAAAGAACCAGAAAAGGAAACUAACUAGCAACUCUUCCAGUUUUCUACAAUAAGUGAUUAUUUAAGACAGGAAACAAUUGAUAGUUUUUAUUUUUAAGCCUUUUUCCAACUCCAUAUACUUUUAAGUCAAAUAGUGGGCUCUUAUUUUGAAAUUCACUAGAAAAGCCAACCUUUUUACCACAUUUUUCUCAGGCUGCUGAGGGAAACAGUCACGUUUUACAGAAGCUCUGCGGUGUUCUGCUAAAAUAUGCUGGACGAGAGAAGUAAAAGUUCAGAAUUAUUUAACAAAUUAUUUCAAAAAAUUUAUUUUGAUCAAAACGUUUUGACUAAAUCAAAUCUGUGAUGUCACGGUGAUAAACAAAAAGAUUCAGAUUUAUUUCAGAGUACAGAUACAUAAUAAAUCAUAUUAAAGUUAUUUGAAAAUGGGUCCAAGGAGCUUUAAAUUUUGAAGCUCAGAUCCGUAUUUUCCCAGGAUGCUUUUCUGCUCAGUGAGACUUCAGCUGCUUCCUGCUGCAGUUUCAGCUGUUUAAUCAAACUGUUUAAACUCCAGACGGUGCUGCUCCUCUGUCAGCUAAACGUAAAGUAGCAUCAGCACUGUAGUACUCUGAGGGUGAGUACACAGUAUUAGAGUAUCUGUGCACCUCUGAGCUGAACAAACUGAUAAUUGAGGAAUUAAAUGGAAAAAGAACUGUUUGUUUGGAUGUUUCUGGGUGUGAUUGUUGAGUUCGACAUCAGAUUCAGAGCGUCGGUCGGUUCCGGCUGCAGAAAACGAAGUGAAUACUUAAAUUCAGUGGUUUCCCCUUUCGUUAAGGUUUAUUUUGUCACCGCCGUGCUCUCUGACCUGGCUCUGAAUCCACCAACCCAACGUUGUGCCGUGCAGAUGGUUCAGAAACUCUUCUUUUUGGUUUAAACAUAAAAAAUUAUUUAAUAACUUCAUUUAUUAUUUUUUUUUUUUGGGCAUUUAGCACCUGUACAAUAAAUAAGACUAUGAUCUGUUAAAAACGGGUUCAGUCUGCAGCGUUAUCUGAAGUGUCCAUGUUUGGAAAUCUACGGGAAGUCGUAGAUUUUUUUCCCGUGUGGACGGAGACUCAAACGUUGUCUUUUGUUUUAUUUAAUUCUUUUCAAAUUGAAACUGUGUAGGACUCGAUUCGGGUUGAAAGCCCCUGAAACACCACUUUACUAUGCUAAUCCUCGUGCACAACUUCUUGUUUCUUCUCUCCCGUCUUCUCCGGUGAAAACAAAGCGGCGAGGAUUAUCGGCCGUUUGUCCCUUCUCCUCCGUUUCUUCUGUUUUUUUGAGUGCUAACGAGAAACAGGAAAAUAAUUCUGUACCUUCUUAAAGAAAAGUUUAUUUAACCUUUUAUAUCAGUUUGAGUUACUCACACCCUAGCAUAGAGUGGCAUAUUUAGUUAAUGUAUAAAGCGAGAACAUAAUUCUGUCCUUCGUUUUGUUUUGUUUGUUUUUUCCUUUAUAAUUUUAUGGUGUUCCAUUUUUCUGCUGAGGACAUUAAACUGGAUUAGAGGAUGUUGAA